UGCAGAAAAAACAGUCAGAAGUAACAACGGAUGUUUCCAUAAAUAGGCCUUUUUAGGAUGUAUUUGAGGUGGAGGAGGAAGAUUGCUGAAGAGUCCAGGAAACUAAACUGCAGUCUUUCAGAAGAGCGUGAUGAUCAUGAGUGAGACCAGGAAGAACUCCUUGGAGAGCAGUCUACAACAGUUAAAAUGCCAUUUCACCUGGAAGUUGGUAGAGGGAGAAAAUUCCUUGGGUUAUUUUGAAGACAGAGUGUGUAACCAGAUUGAGUUCCAAAACACUGAGUUCAAAGCUACAAUGUGCAACCUGUUGGCCUACAUAAAACACUGCAAGGGCCAAACCGAAGCAGCCCUGGAAUGCCUAAAGCAAGCUGAAGAGUUCAUCCAACAGGAGCACACUAACCAAGCAGAACUCAGAAGUCUGGUCACCUGGGGAAACUAUGCCUGGGUCUACUAUCACCUGGGAAGACUCUCAGAAGCUCAGACUUAUGUAGACAAGGUGAAACAAGUUUGUGAGAAGUUUUCAAAUCCUUACAGUAUUGAGUGUCCUGAGAUGUAUAGCGAGGAAGGGUGGACACGGUUAAAGUGUGGAGAUAAGCAAAAUGAAAGGGCAAUGGUGUGUUUUGAGAAGGCUCUGGAAAGGAAACCAGAGAACCCAGAAUUCACCAGUGGACUUGCAAUUGCAACUUAUCGUCUGGAGGACAGACGACUCCGUAAGAAUCCCACUGAACCUCUGCAUGAAGCCAUUCGACUAAAUCCCAACAACCAGUAUCUUAAAGUCCUCCUGGCUCUGAAACUGCAAAGGAUGAAUGAAGAAGAUGAAGGAGAGAGGUUAGUUGAAGAGGCCUUGGAGAAUGCCCCGUGUGCAACAGAUGUGAUUCGCCAGGCAGCAAAGUUUUAUCGAAGCAAAGGUGACCUGGACAAAUCUAUGGAACUGCUAGAAAAGGCUUUAGAAUAUAUGCCUGACAAUUCUCAUGUUCAUUUCCAUAUGGGAUACUGCUAUAGAGAAAAAGCCUUCAACAUGGAAAAUAUGGGCAUAUAUGAAAUGUAUGGAGAAAGAGAGAAGUUUCAGGAACUAAUAGCACAAGCUAUUUAUCAUUUUAAAAUAGCUGAAGAGAGUAAUGGAAACUAUUUCUCUGUCUGCUCCAUUCUUGCCACCCUCUAUAUAAUAGCAGGUCAGUAUAAAGAAGCAGAGAAUUACUUUCAAAAAGAAUUCAGCAAAGAACUUCAUCCCAUAGCCAAACAGAGGCUCUAUCUGCGUUACGGCAACUUUCAGUUGUAUCAAAUGAAGUGUGAGCACAAGGCCAUCCACCAUUAUAUGGAGGGUGUGAAAAUACACCAGCAAUCCACUGAGAAAGAAAAAAUGAAAACUAAACUGCAAAAAAUUGCCAGGAAGAGGCUUUCUGUAAACCAAGCAGAUGCCAAGGCUUUGUGCCUUUUAGAGUUCCUUCAGGAGCAGGAUGGAGAAAUGCAGCCAGCAGGUGACAACUCUGAGAGGGGUUGGGACUCUGGCCUCAUCCCAUUAGUGUCUUUAGCUGAGAAAUGAGGCCGAGGGAGACGGCACCCACAGAGAGGUGGGAGGGAGCUGAGCCCCAACACCAAGUGAGAUUCAACACAUUAAUAACUGGUAUGGCAAAUAUAUGGAGUAGACAUUGGGCAUGGGCUUUGUAAGACAUUAGAUCUUAAUUAUUCUUACCUUUAAAAAAGAAAUGAUAGCUAUGCUAUGUGAUACAAAGAUUAUCAUCACUACAGUGGCAAUCAUAUUACAAUAUGUGAAUGUAUCAAUCCACAUGUCCGCCUUAAAUAGACACAAUGCUCUACAUCACUACAUUUCAAUAAAUACACAUAUACAAUAACAUUUUCAUUAAGUAAUGAAAGCAAUGUCUAAAAUUCAAGCAUCUGAAAAUUAAAUUCCAACUACUGUAUCACUAGUUUCCGUAUUAUUGUUGUAUGUACU